UCUACUUCAUAGUCCAGCAGAGAGCAGACGUAGUGAUAGAAACUAGUAAAUAAGACUGUCUAAGUUCAAUGAACGGUGAUGAAAAACAACCCAGCAGCGAGAAAAAAAAUCUAUUCGAGCCUCCGGUCGUGUGUUUCAUCCCGUGUCGCGAGAAAUGUUGCAAGAAACUGGCCGCAACUUCGUGAAGUGAACUCGGACUGCCAGCUAGCCAGCGCUCGCUAGCUCUGCUUCUUAACAACAAUGUCUGGGCUUCCACAGAACAACUUGAAGGAGCAGCUGGCGAGGCACAGCAAUGCUGCUGCUCAGAGCAAAUUGUGCCUGGCUAAACCCAAACCGGGAGCCUUUUCUUUCAAGAAGAAGUCUUCAGCAGGUACAACCAAGGUGGAAGUCCCGACCAAGGUAAUCAGCUCUAAUGUUUUGGCAAGCAGGAAUGUCAAUGUCCCCCAGAACAGUUUGGUGACUAAAUCUCCUUUAACGUUUUCAAACAAGCUUGAGAGACCUCAAAAGUCCAAAAUCAACAACUUCUUUAAUGUAAGUUCAAAAGGCAAGUCGGACCCCAUCAGCCCAGCAGGUAACCGGGCUCCUGCAAGCCAGACUCUUUCAGCAGUGUCCGCUAUUAAGGUGACUACAGCUCCAACUAAAUCUGAUGAUCAGUUCACUCGCGGCAAUGGGGGCAAUUCCACACAUCUGGAUGCAUCUCUUGGGUUCCCGAUGGACGACUGGGAUGAUUUUGAUGACUUUGAAACCCCUGUCAAAGCGAAAAAUGACUCAUUUAGUUCAGAAAUAUCAGGGAAGAGCACCAAUCCAGUGUCAUCUCCGUGUAAAGAAAAAACACGCUUCACAGGGAAACUAAACCCUGACGCCUCUCUUAUGACACCAGAGUUAAGCAACAGUUUUGAAAACAAGAACGGUCUUUCCAGAAGUGAACAAUCUAUGGAAACAGAUGAACGGAUGACGCUCUCUGUCGAUGAAGCUGCAGUUUCACCAGGACCUAGUUUGAAUCAGGAUCCAGCUGAGGGUGAACUUGAGGAUUCUCCAAUUAAAAGCACCAGAAGACGUCCUCAUGCUCAACUGAAGUCUGUCAUUAGUGAUAGUGAAGAGGACAAUGAUGUUGAGUUUGAGCCUUUUAAAGGAACAGCAGACAAUAAGAAAAAAAUUAUUGACCCAAAGAUAAUAGAGCUUGAUGACAACCUCGAGCCUGAAGAUGACCUUGAUUACAUUCCUCCUUCUCCGAUCCCUGAUGAGAUGUCUUACACCACUUCUGUAUCAGAGACGAGAUCUAAAUCAGCUGUGGCUGAAAGCAGAGUCAGUCCUGUGCAAUCAAAAGGAUCUGUCACAACACUACAUAAACUCUCUGAUCAUCAAAAAAAAGACCAAACAAAUGAACUCGUUAGUAUUAUGGAGUCCAUUUGUGCUCUGGUUGAUUCCAUCCCCGAAUAUGAACUAAUAGCUCUGUCUUGUGGAAGUGAGCUUUUGCUGAAGAGGGCUCAAAGGAAGAGGAUUCUUGCAACUGGUGGUGGUGGUUUAUGGAGGAUGCAGCAGCCCGACAGCACUGUGGUUUCUGUACCCAGCUUUAAAGAAAAAUCUUUUAUCUGUGAUACGUCAAAUGUGGUAUCAUCCAGCGGCUCUGUGUCUGUUCACUCCAAGAUGCCUCCUCAGAUCAGCAGGUCUUCAGCCAUCUCUGUGGACUAUGACUCUGAUCACUCUGACAGUAUUAUUAAUGCGAAACCCAUCCACAGUAAGCACAGCGGGACAACAUAUGUCAAAAAUGAGAGUAUCUGUGACUCCCCAUCAGCCUGCAGCCUCACAAAUCCAUCUUUUGAUUUCUCAAAUAAAACGAGUACAGAUCUGGAUGCUUCAGAUUUGUUCUUCUCAACCAAGAAGCCAGAGACUGAUGUUCAGAACAAAUCUAAAACCUCAGCCACCAUUACAGCUGCAGAAGAAAUGGAACCAGAUGACUUUUACAUUGACGACUUUGACAUAGAUGACUUGAAUGACUCAGAUAUCCCCAGUUACUUUGACGAACCCCCAGCCUCGUCAAUGUCAGCACAAGAGUCCCGCACUGUGACCACAAAAGUGAAAGAGGGGGGACCAAGCAAGUCGUUGUGGGAGAGGAAACCAACAACACCUGUAUCUGCACCCAAGCCUUCGAAGAUCUGCUCUCCUGAACCCACCUUUAGAAACCCAGCCCAUGAUCGGUUCAGAGGGUUCAACUUCCCCUACUCACAGGAGAUGAUGAAGAUCUUUCACAAGCGUUUUGGUCUUCAUCAGUUCAGGUUCAAUCAGCUAGAAGCAAUUAAUGCAACGCUUCAGGGAGAGGACACGUUUGUUUUGAUGCCCACAGGUGGGGGUAAAAGCCUGUGCUACCAGCUGCCUGCCUGCGUGUCACCAGGAGUCACUGUGGUCAUCUCCCCACUCAAAUCCCUCAUUGUAGACCAGAUCCAGAAACUCACUACACUGGAUAUCCCAGCAACAAGCCUGUCUGGUGAAAAAAGCGACAGUGAAGCAGGGAGGAUCUAUAUGCAGCUCUCUAGGAAAGACCCCAUCAUUAAACUGCUCUAUGUCACUCCUGAAAAGGUGAGUGCAAGUAACAAGGUGAUCUCCGCCAUGCAGAACCUGUAUGAGCGAGGCCUUCUGGCCCGGUUUGUCAUAGAUGAGGCCCAUUGCGUCAGUCAGUGGGGCCACGAUUUCCGUCCAGACUACAAGAAGUUGCAUGAACUGCGUCAGAAGUUCCGCAACGUGCCGAUGAUGGCCCUGACAGCCACUGCCACCCCUCGUGUUCAGAAAGACAUCCUCAACCAGCUGAAUAUGACUCGCCCGCAGGUGUUUACCAUGAGUUUCAACAGAACAAACCUGAAGUACGCUGUGCUACCCAAGAAACCCAAAAAGGUUGAUGAGGACUGUAUCAGUUGGAUCAAGAAGCACUACCCACGUGACUCUGGCAUUGUGUACUGCCUGUCCCGUAAUGACUGUGAUGCCAUGGCUGAGAGUCUGCAGAGAGCAGGGAUAUUGGCUCUGUCGUAUCACGCAGGGCUGCGUGACAGUGACAGAGAAUAUGUGCAGAGCAAGUGGAUCAAUCAGGACGGCUGCCAGGUCAUCUGUGCCACCAUAGCCUUUGGCAUGGGGAUUGACAAACCUGACGUGCGCUAUGUGAUCCACGCCAGUCUGCCUAAGUCAGUGGAGGGUUACUAUCAGGAGUCUGGGAGAGCUGGCAGAGAUGGAGAGAUCUCUCACUGUAUUCUCUUCUACUCCUACACCGACGUCCACCGCAUCAAGAGGAUUAUCAGCAUGGACAGAGAAGGUGACAGACACGCCAAAGCAACUCAUUACAACAACCUACACAGCAUGGUGCACUUCUGUGAGAACGUGAUGGAGUGCAGAAGAAUUCAGCUGCUGGCAUACUUUGGGGAGCUGAAUUUCAACAAAAACUUCUGCAAGGACCACGCAGACGUCAGCUGUGACAACUGUGCCAAACCCAACCAAUACAAGAUGAGAAAUGUUACCGAAGAUGUGAAGAAGAUUGUGAAGUUUGCCCAGGAGAACUGUGAGAAAGUUGGAGCAAGGUUUGGCAAGACUGCUCAGCAAAACAGACUGACACUGAAUAUGCUGGUGGAUAUCUUUAUAGGGUCUAAAUCUGCCAAGGUACAGACAGGAAUGUUUGGGAUGGGAGGUGCAUACUCUAGGCAUAAUGCUGACCGUCUUUUCAAAAAACUGGUUCUGGACAACAUCCUGGUGGAGGAUCUCUACAUCACUAACAACGGCCAAGCUGUGUCUUAUAUCUCUGCUGGAACCAAAGCCAUGAACGUGUUGUCUGGACACAUGCAGGUGGAGUUCUACGAGACAGAAAGUGCAUCAAGCAUCAGGAAACAUAGAGCUUCUGUGGCCAAGAAUGUCUCCCAGAGAGAGGAGAAGGUUCAGGAGUGUCUGAAGGAGCUGACGGAUCUGUGCAAGCAGCUGGGGAAAGCGUUUGGCAUUCACUAUUACAACAUCUUCGCCACUGCCACCUUGAAAAACAUCUCUGAGAAGCUUUCUUCUGACCCUGAAGUCCUGCUACAAAUUGAUGGCGUGACAGAAGACAAACUGGAUAAGUAUGGAGCUGAAGUCAUUCAGGUCCUGCAGAAAUAUUCUGAGUGGCAGCUGCCUGCGGAAGAGCAGACUGACACUGGCGGAGACGGGUGGAUAGACACGACACGAGGUCGCACAGGAGAUUACGAUGACGAGGACGACACAGAGUCCUCCACCUACUUCCGUGAUCAGGCCCCACAGGGACAAAAGAGAAAGAAAGCUCCAUUUUUCAAGUAUUCUAAGAAGAGAAAAGCAUAUGGCAACUCAAGUACAAACUCUAAAGGUCGUGGCUACAGCAGCAAUAAAUCGUGGUCAUCAUCCAGCUCCAGAGGCCGGGGGUAUAGGAGUUCAGCGGGAGAUGCAUCAGCAGGGAGGACACCAGGCUUAAUGUCCCUCCCGACCCCCCAAACCAAUCAGCGACCCUUCUUAAAGCCAUCCUUUUCACAUUUGGGCUAGGAGUGUUUUCUGGUCUGACUUUCUAUGAUAGCAAACUACUUUGUCACUACAUUUUCAAACCAGUUAAUGUGACUUAUUGUAAUAUUUAUGCUUUGUACAGUAACUGUUGUGAUGUCUGUCCAGAUUUAAAUAUUGAUUGUUUGUACAUGGUUUUAUAAUUGUUGUAAAGUCUGUUUUUUUACUGUCCAUUGUGAUGUACAUCUUCAUUUUUGAUAUUAAAGACAAUUUUACAUUCGA